UUCCAGCAGAGAGCAACGUCCUGCGGUCUGUGCAGACUGUGCUCAGCCAGGACUACAGCUCCAGCAUGUCUAGGAUGAUGAGGAUCACUGCCCUGAUCUUACACAUCACACUGACUCUGGUGAAAGGAGGCGACGUCUGCUAUGGCCUCCUCGGCUGCUUCUCCGAUGCUUUUCCUUGGUCCGGGACCCCGCAGAGACCGUACUCCCUGCUGCCAUGGGCCCCCGAGAAGAUAAAUACCAGAUUCUUCCUAUUCACCAGAGAAAACCCCAAUUCUUACCAGACAAUCAGCGCUGAUAACAUAACGAGUAUCACAGCCUCAAAGUUCCAGAAAACUCGAAAGACUUGUCUGAUUGUUCACGGUAUGGCGGAUAAAGCCGUGAAUAACUGGGUGUCCGACAUGUGCCAGGCCAUUCUGGCAGCAGAAGACGUGAACUGUAUCGGAGUUGAUUGGCGCCGUGGGUCGGGAAGCAUCAAACUUUACGUCCAGGCUGCAAACAACGCCCGAGUCGUGGGCGCAGAGAUCGCCAAUCUGAUGAGGAGCUGGCAGGAGGAGCUGGAAUAUCCACCGUCCAACAUUCACAUCAUCGGGCACAGCCUGGGUGCACAUGCUGCGGGAGAAGCCGGGAGGAGACAUCCCAGAGUCCGGAGGAUCACAGGUCUGGACCCUGCCCGGCCCUGGUUUGAGAAUACCCCUGAAGACGUUCGCCUUGACGCCUCAGAUGCAGAUUUUGUUGAUGUCAUCCACACAGACACCAAUAAAAUCACUGGUGUCGGGAUUAUAAAGCCUAUCGGACACUAUGAUUUUUACCCAAAUGGAGGAAAUCACAUGACCGGGUGUCCGAGCAAGCUCGCAUUUCUGAUCAACAGUAGCGCGGCUCUGGAGAUUUUGGCGUGUAACCACUUCCGGUCGUUCCACUACUUUACGUACAGCGUCAGUCACCCGGACGGGUUCAUCGCUUUCCCCUGCGAGAGCUACGAGGCCUUCACUGCGGGCUCCUGUUUCCCAUGUCCCCUUGGUGGAUGCCCCUCCAUGGGGUACUAUGCAGACUCCUCCCACUACGACGUCACCACCAAUCAGAGCUUCUACCUAAACACUGGAGGUGACAUCAACCAUUUCUCCAGCUGGAGAUACAAGGUUUCGGUGUCAUUAAGCGGAACUGCGAUUCCUUACGGAAAAAUGUAUGUGACCCUCUCUGGAUCCUGGGGCAGCAGAACAGAGCAUAUGUUGUACGGGGGGAGCCUGGUCCCUGGACAGAUGUAUUCGGUUUUCCUGGACUCCGGAGAGGAGCUGGAUGCUGCGUACAAUGUCACCUUCCGCUGGACUUGGACCUUCAGUUUCUUCCCCCUCCGACUGGGAGCAGAGAGGAUAGACAUGGAAGCCGGCAAGGACGGGAGAAUAUUUUCAUUCUGCUCAAAUGAAACCAUCCCAAACGGCCAAGAACAAAGUCUGGACCCCUGUGAACCAAUGCGGACCCCCAUAUAUCCAACCAGUCCAUGAGGGAGAAUCAGCAGCAACAACUGCAGCCCCCAUCAGCAUCUGGGGUGUCCACCCUGAGCAUCAGGAGACGCCCGGAACUCAUGUCAGCUGAUCAAUAAAGUUCUGGAUUUUUUUCUGUUAUUCAGUAUAUUGUAAGUUGUAUGUUUAAGUCCUGAUAAGUCCGUGUAAUGAUAAAUCUAACACCCAUACCCCAUUGUGCUGAUAAGGCCACAUUCCUGAGUGAUCUCAGAGACAUGCCUGCUGCACAUUGGAGGAGCGGCGAGCAGGUUUAAACUCUGUGACCCAGAUAUAUUCGGAGGACUCCAGCUUGAACUUUAUCCUAAAUAGGAUGUUAGUAUUGAUUUGCCCUAUCUCUUGUACACCCUGGGGUGUCAGUCAU